AUGAUUAAUCUAUUGCCUGAAGGAGUUCCUAAUCAAAAUUUGAAUGAACCAGUAAUUGUUGAUCUUUAUAACAUUUGCUCUAUGCAAUCUUUGGUUAAGGAAAAGAAAGAAAAAAGGAAGAUUGAAAUUGAUGAUAUGGUGAGCAGACAGCUGGAGCAAGUUUGUAAUGAGAUCAGUUAUCAUUUUCCUAGUAAGUUCAGCCAUCUUGAAAUUGAUAAUGAAGGUGAAUUUAAAUUCAAAUAUGUUGAUCCUGAGGAAGAGGGGGACAUGAAGAGUAAGGCGAAUCUGUCUAGUCCUAAAAUUAGCCCUGAUAAUCUGAAAGUUAAUGAACCAGUUUCUUAUGCUGAUAAAGUUAGUGGCAAGAGACUUAAUGCUGCUAAUCUUAUUUCUAAAGUCAAGAAGAAUGCUGAACUUCCUGUUGGAGUUGUGGAAAUGCCCUUGAGUGAUAUUCUUAUAGGAUGCAGCCCAUUCAAGACGACUCUCUAUGGUUAUUUUAUUGACAAACACGUUAAUUUCUUUAAUGUUAACAAGUUUGCUCACAAUAUAUGGAAAAAACAUGGGUUAGAAGAGUUAAUGGUUAAUGAUGAAGGGAUAUACUUUUUCAGAUUUAGCACUGAACAAGGAAUGUUAUCUGUUUUGGAAGGGGGAGUUUGGAUGGUUUUUGAUAGUGCACUUGUUGUUAGGAUAUGGACUACUGGGGUGAGUUCGGUAAAAGAUCAACAUGAUAAGGUCCCUGUUUGGGUAAAGAUUUUUAAUGUUCCUUUAGAAUAUUGGAAUGGGACAGGUUUGAGUCAUAUCGCUUGGGAGAUUGCUAAACCGCUUGAUGUUGAUGCCCACAUGGAUAAAAUGUGUCAAGAACAUUGGGGAAGACCAGCCUUUAUGAGAAUUCUUAUAGAGAUGUCUGCUGCUACAGAAUGGCUUAAAGAAGUUCAGGUAUAUUCUUCGGACCUUACUUCUGGUGAAAGAAUUAUCUCUAAAUGUAAGAUUGAGUAUGCUUGGAACCCUUCUAAGUGUUCUCAUUGCAAGGUUUAUGGGCAUAAGGACUCUACAUGUGGGAUUUUAUUAGCUAAAGAAGUCAAAAACAUUGAAAGUCCUAUUUCUUAUGAGAAAAUAGAGGAUGGUAUUAAAGUUGAUCUCAUGGAAGUGCUUAUUGCUAGUACCAAAAAAGUUGAGGAGGACAGCGAAGGUUUUCAAAAAGUGGUUAAUAGAAAUAAGGGAAAUAAUAUGGGAGGAAAGAAGAUCGAGGAAUCAGGGAGUAAAAGUCAGAUUUCGAUCCAAGGGCAAAAUGGGAAAACUCAAGAAAAUGGAAAGAAGUGGGGAGGAAAUAUAGCUGGAACUCAAGGGCAAAAAGGGAAUAAUUAUACUAAAAAUGGAAGUAAUAAUGGAGGGAAUCAAUGGAAUAAAGGAAAAGGUAUUCAGGGGUAUAAUGGGAAAAAUCGUUUAGCGAAUGGUAUAAAUAAGGAUGUUAAAAUGGAACAGGGGGAGAAUAGUAAAAAUGCUACUUUUUCGAAAAAAGAGAAUGUUGCUGGGGCUGUUUCUAUGGAAAAGAGCAAUCAGGGGAAUCUCCCUGUCAACAGAGUUGUUCCGGAACUAAAACAGGAAGAAGUUUUGGGGAAAAAACUUGUGAGUGGUCAAAAAUAUAUUCCGAAAUCAGGCCCAUACAUUAAGAUCAGUUCAAACUUUGAUAAGAAGGUUCAUUCUGAGAAAUUCCGUGAACCUGUGAUUCCUUUUUCUAACAACAAGUUUGAUGUUCUUAAUUAUUUGGAAGAUGAGAACCAAUUUGUUUUCAAAAAGGGUGGUAUUCCAGAGGUUGAUUUAGAUUAUUUGGACAAUGUGGAUCAAAUGGAAGUCAUAGGUGCUAUUCUUGAAUCUCAAGUUAGUUUUAAUAAACUUAAUGAGAAGUGUGAAAAGAUCUUUGGAUCAUGGAAGUGGAUUGCUAAUAAAGGAAAUUUAGGACAUACUUUUCGCAUUAUUUUGGGUUGGAAUUCUAAUCUAUUUGAUGUUAACUUGAUUGAUCACAAUGAUCAAGUUAUUCACUGUAAAGUUAAUCUUCCCUCAAAUAAUAAGUAUGUUUUUUGUUCCAUUGUUUAUGCUGCCAACAAGUACAUUGAUAGAAGAGGUUUAUGGUCUUCUCUUGUGCAUCAUAAAGGUUUUGUCCGUGAUGACUCGUGGAUUAUUGGAGGAGAUUUCAAUGUCACUAUAAGUCCCAAUGAAAGCUCUGCUGGUUCGUCCAAGUUUACUAAAGGGAUGGUGGAAUUUAUUGAUUGCAUUAAUUUUCUUGAAAUUCAAGACAUUAACAGCAAUGGUUUGAACCUCACUUGGAAUCAAAAACCUCAAGGAGAUAAUGGUAUUCUGAAGAAGUUGGACCGUGUUAUGGGCAAUUGCAGCUUGUUGGAUCUUUUUCCUUCUAUCUAUGCUUCUUUUCUUCCUUAUGGACUUUCUGAUCAUAGUCCUAUUAUUAUCAAAAUUCCGAUAAGAGCUAAAUUUAAAGUGCUUCCUUUCAAGUUUCCAAAUGUUCUUACCCUUAGCCCUGAUUUGAAGUUGUUGGUUGAAAGUCAUUGGAAUACUGAUAUUCAAGGAGUUAAAAUGUUUAUUUUAACUCAAAAGCUCAAAAAUCUCAAGAAGCCUAUUCGCAAACUUUUAAAGGAACAGGGGCAUUUUUCGGAAAAUGUUAAUCACCUUCGCAAGGAGCUGGAAGCGGUUCAGUCUGAUCUGGACUUGGACCCUUUUAAUUCUAAUCUUCGUGAUUUAGAAGCCAUUUUUCUUGGUGAACUCAAAAAAGCUUAUGAGAAAGAGGAAAGAUUUCUGAAACAAAAAGCUAAAAUCCAGCAAUUCUAA